GUGUCCUGCCUCCAUCAGAGCCAGAAGCUUCCUCUCCACUAUUUAAAGCCCAGCGUGAGCGAGAGGAGAACAUCUGACUGCAGCUCAUCUCCAGCAUCACACAACUCCCCUCAUGUUGAGUCUCCGCUGAGUGAUGAACUUCGGCAGAGAUCUGACCCGACAGACCAGUUGUUACACGUACGUGAUUGAAGACGAAGAUCAAGCCCUGGCACCUCUAGAUGUAUUCGAGUUGGCUGAGAAGGGGGACCUGGCGCUGCUGGAGAACCUGGUCAGGAAGAACCCUGAGGUCCUGAGUGAGAAAGAUGAGUGUGGAGCGACUCCUCUUCAUCACGCCGCCGCGGGGGAACACAUCCCCCUCAUCCUCUUCAUCAACUCUGUCAUCGAGGCGCAGGGUGUGAACAGCUGUGAUGAGCAUGGGAACGUGCCUCUUCACUGGGCCGUGGAGAGGAACCGGACGGAGAGCUGCCGGGCGCUCCUGGACCUCGGGGCGGACCCAAACCUCCUGAACACGGCCCUGAUGUCCCCGCUGCACCUGGCCGUCAGCCUGGGGCACAACGACCUGGUGGAGCUGCUCUUGUCCCACAGCACUACGGACAUCAAUCUGCAGGGAGAUCUGGGAAACACCCCUCUGAUCCUGGCCUGCUCCCUCAAUAACUACGAGGCUCUCAGCACAUUGAUAAAGUAUGGAGCGAAGCUUUGCAAACAAAACAAACUCGGACAUUUCCCCAUUCACGCAGCUGCCUUCUCCGGUGCAAAAAAAGCCAUGGAGGUGAUCCUGAACGCCGGUUCGAAGAAAGGCCACGACAUCACGGCUCACAUCAACUACCUGGACAAGUCCAACAGCAGUCCUCUGCACCUGGCCGUACGAGGAGGGAACAUCGAGGCCAUCACCUUCUGCAUCGCUAAAGGGGCCAAAGUGGACCAGCAACAGCAUGACAGGUCGACUCCGCUCCACUUGGCGUGCACGCAGGGAGCCAUGGAGGUCGUGAAGCUGAUGCUCUCCUCUGUAGAACGAGUGGAAGAAUAUAUCAACCUGACGGAUGGAGCCAAUCAGACGCCUCUCCACAGAACCACCAUAUUUGACCACAAAGAGCUGGCGGAGUACCUCAUUUCUUUGGGUGCAGAUCUGAACAGCGUGGACUGUAAAGGACACGCUCCUCUGCUGCUGGCCACGAGCUGUGGAGCGUGGAGGACCGUCGCUCUUCUUCUGUCCACAGGGGCGAACGUGAACGUGACAGACCGAUGCGGCUGCAACUUCCUUCAUCUGGCCAUCCUCCAGCCCAAAGGCCUGAAGAACCUCCCUGAAGAGGUCCUGCAGCUGAGCAGUGUGAAGGGUCUCCUGAGCUGCAAGGAUAGCGACGGCUGCACCCCGCUGCACUACGCCUGCAGACUGGGGGUCCACGAAUGUGUGAAGAACAUGCUCGGUCUCUCGGGGCAAGUGGGCCUCGCCUGCAAGUCCAAGGACAAGAAGUCUGCUCUGCACUUCGCCGCUCAGUUCGGGCGCAUCAACACGUGUCAGCGGUUACUGGAAAGCAUCAUGGACUCUCGUAUUCUGAACGAAGGAGACGAGCGAGGCCUGACUCCUCUGCACCUCGCCUCCAGAGAGGGCCACACCAAGGUGGUCCAGCUGCUGCUGCGCAAAGGAGCCCUCUUCCACAGUGAUUACAAGGACUGGACGUGUCUGCACCACGCUGCCUCUGUAGGAUACACACAGACGAUGGAAAUCCUGCUUUCAGCCAACAUCAAGUUACUGGAUAAAAAGGACGAGGACGGGAGCACGGCCCUGCACGUGGCGGCGAAAGCAGGUCACGUUGCUGCGGUGAACCUCCUGCUGGCUCGGGGUGCAGAAAUCACUUUGAACAACAACGACAGCUCCUUUAUGCACGAAGCUCUGCAGAACGGGAGGAAAGACGUGGUGAACGCAGUCAUCGAUAGUGACAGAGUGAGUGAGUCUCUGAUCACGUUCACCCCCGGCUCCAGCCGUGAGUGUCCCAUAUUGGAAAUGAUUGAGUUUCUGCCUGAGACCUACAAGCACCUGAUGGACUGCUGUGUGACCGAGUCUGAGCACGACCACAACAGUCCUGAUUAUCAUAUUGAUUACAGUUUCCAGUGGCUCCAGGCUCCACUCAAAGCCAUGAAAAUGUAUAAAGACAAGAACGUGAAGAUCCAGCCGCUCGCUGCGCUCAACGCGAUGGUGAAGUACAACCGCAUCGAGCUCCUCAACCACCCCGUGUGCAAAAAGUACCUCGCUAUGAAGUGGUUUGCGUACGGCAGCACGAUUCACAUCCUCAACAUGGUGAUGUACCUGAUGGGUCUGCUGCCCCUCACUCACCUCAUCGUGAUGCAGAGACCGGCUCUGAACACCAGCGACACCGGAGAGCAUCACGUCGUCAUGGUGCCCACCUCCUUCGUCGAGCAAACCGUGUUCCUGUCCUUCUGCAUGAUGAUGGUGUUUGUGAUGAACAUCUACUUCAUAGGGAAGGAGCUGGUGCAGAUAUCACAACAGCGCUGGAAUUACUUCAAGGAUUAUUCCAACCAGAGCGACUGGUUUUCCGCCGUGCUCUCGCUCCUCUUCAUCGUCCCCACCAUGAUGAACGCUGAAGGCUCUCUGCACUGGCAGGCUGGAUCUCUGGCUGUGUUGAGCUCCUGGAUCGGAUUCCUGCUUUACCUGCAGAGGUUUGAAGGUGUAGGAAUCUACGUGGUGAUGUUCUGGGAGAUCAUGAGGACGCUGAUACGCAUCGUGAUGAUUUUCCUGUACCUGAUGCUAGCGUUCGGAUUGGCUUUCCACGCUCUGAUGCUCAACCAGAGAGAGUUUGACAGCGUGCCUCUGUCGGUGGUCCAGACCUUCGUGAUGAUGGUGGGCGAGCUGAACUACCAGAACAACUUCCUGGACACGUACCUGAAGAACGAGCUGCCCUUCGGACUCCUGACCUACACAAUCUUCAUAAUCUUUGUUCUGCUCAUGCCCAUCCUGCUGGUCAACCUGAUGAUUGGUUUAGCCGUUGGAGACAUUGCUGAGGUGCAAAGAAAUGCUGCUCUAAAAAGAAUAGGCAUGCAGAUUGAGCUGCACACCUCUCUGGAGGACAAGCUGCCGUACUGGUUUAUGAAGCGAGUCGACAAACCCUCCAUCACCGUCUACCCCAACCGCUACUGCUCCAGGAACUUCCUCAAGGAGUUUUUCACAGGAGAGGAGGAGUCACAUGACGUGUGGAGCCGCAUGCAGAUGAAGUCUCAGACCUGCUCCAUGCUGGAGAGCGAGAUCAAGAAGCAGAAGCUCAGGAUGAAGGAGGUGUCCUGCUUGAUGGAGAAGCAGCACACCCUCCUGAAGCUCAUCAUCCAGAAGAUGGAGAUCACGACGGAGGAGAGCGAGGUGGACGGGCCGGCUAACGUCCGAGGAAACGUUUGGCCGAGCAUACCGAAGGCCAAACCUCACGCUCCAGGAAUGUCUCGCUGGGUCCCGCUGAUGAAGGCCCUCGAGGGAAAACAGAGUACGAUAAAGAAAGUGUCUUCAUAGAAAACGAAGCGACAACUAGACGAGUUUACAGUGCGAAGGAUGACUCUGUAGACGUAUAAAGGGCUUAUUAUUAUUCAAUAUAUCAAAAGAUAUAACUCAUAUCUAUAAUGUCGUUUUCAUUAUAAGCUUUUAACUGCCUUAAAUACUGUGUGGCUUCAUACUGUUGGCAUGACAUGUGAAUGUUGAUAAACAAAUGCUCAAACUCAAUUUACGGUGAAAAUUCAUCAUCAUUUUUGGGACGCAGACAGAAUUUUAAGAUGACUUGAUAUUUAAUAAUUGUGAGUUAAAGAUGGACUGUUUACUUUUGAGUUGAAUUAUAAGCUAUUAACUACCUUAAAUGUUGUGAGUUUCCUACUGUAGGACAUAUAUAACAUGUGUUCUUGUGAUUAAGAAAUACUUAACAUUAUUUAUGUGAAAAAUGUCUUCUUUUAUGAUGACUGUUGAGACACGUGGAUAAAUGACUGGCAUUUUAGAUUUAACUGGAAUUUAUAGGAAAUUCAGAGCGACAUUUGGUAUUUUCUCUUAUGAAAUAUAAACCACAGACUGAUAGAUAGAUAAUGACUGAAUACAAUUAAAAUGAGUUGUUGUCUUAAAAGUGAGUGAAAUAAGACAGGAUGGACUGUUUACUUUGAGUUCUCAUGUAUUUGUGCAUCAUGUGUAACCUGUGAGGAUGAUAUAAAAUAUAUGACUUUAA